AUGGCUGCCAACAAAGAUUCUCGACUCUAUGCACCUCUAGAUCGGUCACAACGACAGAUCCGCCUUGUCGAGAUUCUCUCUACCAAACCAAAAAUUGUUUGCAGCCUUGCCACCGUAUCGCUCGACGAAGAUACUAGAUUCAGCGCGAUAUCAUAUCUCUGGGGCGACAAAGGAAAAACAGAACCAAUCACUGUCAACGGCGUGGAGCAAUUCAUCACCCCAAGUCUUGCAAAUGCACUGGAAUAUGCAUCUCAUCACUGGGCUAAUGCAUUUCCUGAAAGAGACACUAAGUCAUGUCGACUUUGGGCAGAUGCACUUUGCAUCAACCAAGAUGAUGAUUUUGAGAAGGGUCACCAAGUGCAGCUGAUGAAGUUCAUAUACCCUGCCGCGGAAGUUGUGUUCUCCUGCCUUGAUAUAGAAGCUUCACAGUCGGAUAUUCGCCUCGCUUUCCAGACUCGUGAAACGCUGGCAAAAGCAGCUGUCGAACGCGGCCUCGUUAGCUCAGCCAUCGACGUAGACGCUACUAUUGAAGACAAGCAUAUACAGGAGUUGGAAUGGCUGUUGCGGCAUCCAUUAUUGGAUGAAAAAUGCCCUAUCAAGUCCCAGGAAUUCGCGGAUGCAGAGCAGGCCAUGCUGCGAAUGCUGCUAUUGAAGUACUGGGAGCGAGCUUGGAUUUUCCAGGAAUUGGUUCUCUCGAGGCGCGUCGUCGUGAUCCAUCAGCUUCGGUCUAUUGAUUUGAAAUUCCUCCUGGAUGCUCAGUCCUGCAUUGACAUCAUCAAACAUAGGGCAAGUGUAUUAGAGGAGGUCGACCAAGCCUACCAGUACUUCUGGUAUAUAUAUUGUCAGAGGUUCUUGACGUUGAGACAAGUCGAGUGGGCAAGGGUGUGCGUCCGCGAAGCAGCAAAGGCUGACGAAACUAUCAUUCGAUCGAUGCGGGGCUUUCUGCUUCUCUGGGGCGGGAAGUAUCGCGCCAAAAACCCAAAGGACCAUGUCUACGCCUUACUAGGGCUAACGACUCUGCAGAUGGAGCCGGAUUAUAGUAGCAAGACGACUGUUGCCUCCGUAUACACCGAGGUAUGCGUGGAGAUAGCAAGGUCGCAACAACUGGUGGGGGGUUGGCCGCUUUGCUUUCUUGCAGGCGCAGGUCUCGCAUGCCAGGGCAAGAACCAGAAAUAUGAAUUGCCGUCCUGGGUGUAUAACUUCCCCGAGACAUUCGGCGAAAACAAGUCGCCCCAAGAACUGUUCGCAAGCUAUAAGGAGCCAAACUACGAAAGGGCGGAAGAGUGA